UUCACCGUGAUGCUGUAGCCCUCGUGUGAUCGAGGGCUUCUUCGGAGCUCAAAAUUGUCCUCGCUGUGUUGGGCAUGGCCAAGUGCUGCGGAGGCCUGACUGCGCUUACCGUGAACCAAAUUAGAGCUGUUUCGGGUUCUUGACCAGACGCCUGAAGAUAUGCAGCUCAGUGUGAAAAUUUACCUGGCGCUUUUGCUGUGCCUACUGCUUUGUGUACCGUUAGAAUCUUCAUUCUUAGGCCUCAAACGAUGGCCUUUCAGGACGCGGAGGAACGACGACCACUGCCAGUUUCUGACGCCUAUGAUUGAGAAGCACGCCGUCCAAUCCGCCAGGGAUGCGAGCUUCGCGAAGAUCUUCAAGAACAGAGCGAACGCCACUGCGUACUCCGGCUUCAUCACCGUCAACAAGAAACAGCAGUCGAACUUGUUCUUCAUCUAUAUGCAGGCUGAGGUUAAUCGCCAACGUGCGCCGCUCAUGAUAUACCUGCAAGGAGGACCAGGCAAGUCGGGCACAUUCGGCCAGUUCCUCGAGGUAGGACCUCUGGGCGUCAACUCGGAGGGUAUCCUCUACCGGAGGUCGCACACCGUCCAGAAGAUGUUCAACGUCAUCUUCCUCGACCAGCCGGCCGGGUCGGGCUUCAGCUCCACCAAGUCGCAGAUGGGCUACGCUCGCAGCAUCGACGACUGCGUGACAGGCAUGAGAGAAUUCCUCAGGCAGUUCUUGGUCUUGUUCCCGGAAAACAGGAACCGUGAACUCUACGUUGCCGGCGAGAGCUACGGAUCUCGCGGAGCAGUAGCCCUGGCUCACAGCUUGAUGACGAAUCCAGAUCGCGGCAUACCGCUCAAGGUGUCUGGUGUGAUCGCCGCGUCCCCAGUGUUCGGCAACGCUCUAGACCUAUUGGACUCCGCCGACACGCUGUACCAGUUCGGCAUGCUCGACUCCAACGGGCGGGACAUGUUCGCCCAGGCUAUGCAUCGCGUCCGCCACUUGUGGGCCAACAACCGCACCACCGCACUGCACAUCCUCAGCCACACAAUAUUCCGACUGCACCCUACGCCGAGUCUCUUCACGAACCUGACCAGUUACAACGACCACGCGAGCCUGCUCAGCGACCAGAGGCCCCGGGAGUUCAUCCACUACAACCGGUACAUGCAGAAGCCGCUGUUAAAGAAAUCUCUGCACCUAUGUUCCCGGGCUAAGGUGGACAGCAGCCGGCUUCUGGUGAUGCUCUACCUCGCCGGUGACUACGACACUGACCUGCGAGAUAAAGUCCAGUAUCUACUCGAUGCCACAAAGAUGCUCGUCUUCACGGGGCAAGUUGACACGGUGUUUCCCGCGAUCAACCAAGAGAAGUACAUGAUGUCGCUCAACUGGACGGGGACGGCAGCAUUCAGAAAAGCAGCGAGGAGACCAUGGUACGUAGACGGGCCUGGUUCGAGACUUACGGGCUACGUGAAGACGACCAAGGACCUCACGUACGUGGUCCUGACUCGCGCGGGACACCACGUACUGGCCGACGCGUCCGAGGCCGUGUAUAACAUAAUCGAGAGCUUCGCGUCCGGCGUCGACAUUUUCAGUGCCAGGAGAAAAGUGUCGGGCGUAAAUUAGCGCUGUUAACAUUGCCACCACUUUUGCGACUAAUAACGCCACUAAGAAUAAGAACCUCAUAAAUAAAGGCCAAUAAAUCCUAUGCAGUAAAACAUUGUUUGUAAGACAUGCUAGGCGAGACAUUCAAGAUGACGAUCAACUCUGUUAUACUCUAGGAAUAUACAGACGACACAAGUGGCUUAAUCGCCAUGAACUAAUGCGUAGUAUACGAGCGGUCAAGCAACGAAAGCUUCUAUGAAGCGACGUUUUUUUUCUGUACUGUAUAAUUUAGACGUUUUAUUUGAGCGCAAUUUGUAACGACGUAGAUGGGCAACACAACAAAUUUUGCUCCUUUUCAAAACCACUGUCGCAUGAACGAACUCCUGCAGGAAUAAAUAAAAAGUGAUAA